UUCUCUUUCUUUAAUUUUUCUAAUUCAAGAAACCAAUUUCAUUUUCCUCUCUUCCUUUAACAAUUUCAUCAAAAACAUCUCAAGAUCAAGAAAAUGUACAACGAAUGCAGCUCUCCUCCAUCCACCGCAAGAUCAACGACGACGACGACGACGACGAGAGGAACAAAUCACAGGAUGAGAUCUCCGAUCUGUUGUCUAGGAGCAAACGCGGUUGUUGAGCCAGAGACAAUGAUGAUCGGAGGACAAAGAACCCCGAGAUCUCCUUACGAGUGGCUCAAAUCCACGGCUCAGGAGCUUGAGUUGAGAGAUCGGUGCCGACGUGUCAAGUCACGUAUCAAGGUGACGUGCCGUAACAACAGCUGUGCUUACAAUUGUGUCCAUCAACAUCAUCAUCAUCAUCAUCAGAGACAUCAGAGCCAGAGUUAUCCUGGAGAUUUCAGCUAUGAUCCGUUGAGUUACGCGCUCAAUUUCGAGGACGAUGUGAGAGUUUCUGAUGAGGACGGUUCUUUCCCGAAUUUCACGGCGAGGUUGCCUCAGUCUCCGGUGACCAAGACGAGAUCCGCUACGGUUGAUUUGAUCUCCUUCUGACGACGGUUACGUUUUAUUACAUAUUCUGAUAAAUAUGUUUUUCUAUUUUUUUUGGUGUGACGGUGGAAUGUAACUGUUCGCCGGAGAAAAUGACGUACGAAUAUGACGUCAUGUAUAUGUAAAUGCUCUCUCUCUUCUCUCUCUUCUCUCUCGCAUAUUGAUUUGAUAUACAUGUGUAAAAUUGAUGUGUGCACAAGAAAAAAAAAAGAAAUCAUUCUCUAAAUAUUUCUCUCUGA